GUAGAAGUCGUCGAUGAUUCCGUUGCAUCGAUAUUAUUUGAGAAGAGAAUCAUUUAGAAUCUUUCGGUAGUUUCCAGAAAGCAGAGAUUACAGUCCUGUGGGCCUAUAUAGAUUAAAUGAUGGAUUUCAAACUCACCAUCAUCUUGAUCGCUGCUUGUUUCACCGGUAUCGUUCUUGCACGUUGUCCUAAACCAGAUGACAUCCCAGUAUCUAAGAACGGAAAAUAUGUUUGCGCCCGUGCAUAUGAAACUGGCCACCACGUGGAGGCCUUGUCGUGCAAAGGCGAAUUUCUCGAUAUUCCUAACGGGGACAUCACUAGAAACGCCUAUGAAAAUAAACCUUUUAAAACGCCAGGCGCUAUUGGAGCACUCGUAGUACGACCCGGAUGUCACAUUGAGCCAUUCGGGAGGGACAAUUUUAAAUAUGACGAUUCUCUAAAAUAUAAUGGUGUCAGAAUGGAAGUUGGGGUUUAUCCUUUAAUUUACUACGAUUUACCUGGCAAGAUUGCUUAUUUUGUUCAUGAUUUAGGGCGUUUUGGAUCCUGGGUGUGUGAUUGUGCUUUUACGAACGCACCGUUUGAGUGUAAACCUGAAGAAUCCUAUAAGAUUCUUCAACUAUGUAACAACCCCAACGUUCCAGAAAUGUCGUGCGAUUACGAGGUCCAGUCGGGAAUGGUUUUGGGCACCUCUGUUACUCACGGAGAGAGUAUAUCCCAUUCUGUCGAAGUUUCGGUAGGACUAUCAAUCAAGGGGAUAUUCGAAUCUGAGUUAUCAUAUUCAACUUCAACUUCAUAUGACUGGUCACACACCAACAGUGAAGAGUACAGUAAGGUUACCACUCGUAAGGUCAACUGCAAGGUGGAAAAGGGUCAGCACGUGAUAUUGCGUCAAGUGAUCGGAAAAUGUGGCGACACAGUAGUAUACACUGCACAUUUUGAGUGUCGAGGAAAUAUCGCAUUUGGUCUCGAUCCAACUACUGUCUACAAUAAAGCUUUGGAUAUUGCCAUGGCUGCCAUGACUGCCAAGGAAGCUAUGAUGGCUAAUAGUACAGAGGUUGGUGAAAUCGAUGUUAUGGCUUCCAUGGCUCGAAAGGAGGCGACCCAGGCCAGGGAUGCUGAGCCAAGCUAGAUCGCCAGCGAUCGCUGGGGCGCAGAAUGCUACAGUGGUGUAGAAUAGGACUUCUCCCUAGAAUCAACAAUCAGUCAAAUGUUCUGCGUCUUAGUGGAUACGUGCUAUACAGCACAGUUUGGAAUUUGGACCGGCAUCCGACCUUUACAGCCUCGCAAAAUUAAGUUGCGAUUCCGCAUUUUGACUUCUCGGAUUGUAUAUUCUCCACUUUGCUUGCGUUUAGGUUUGGUACAUUUGGUACCUUGUCUCAUUCUUUAGAAAUUAUUUUGAUUCAAUCAUGGUAACUUAAAAAAAAAUCAAUUCUGGUUAGGUUUGAUUUAUUGGUUUUACUUUCUGGAUUAUGGUUGCAACAUAUUUUUUUAUCAUGACGUCAUGUGUUUUCACAUUAUUCUAUAUCUUCCCUUGGUCGAUCCACUUAGUUGUUUUGUUUUUUAAAUCUAAAAUUGUAUAACAAUAUCCCACAGUCCUUUCUAUUAUUGGUAUCGUUAAAAAACAUUUAUAACUGGGCAGCUAUCAAUACGGCACCCGAUAUUUGUUCAUACAUAUUCGAACGUAAUGGUGGUCAUUUACUCAAUUCAAUAGGCCUAGACAGCCAUCAAAUUAAUUGGUGAUCGUGACCACAGAAGGAAUAUAGCAUCGAUAUUGGGGCAUUCUAAUUUCAUUCAGUUUUCGUUUUGCCUUGAGUUCUGGACGAUUUGAAUAGACUAUCAAUUUCGUUCAUUCAUUUAUUAUUAGGGUAUUAUUAAAGAGGUCCAGUGUGGAGCUAGAAAUAUUACUUGAAAACCAAACAUUCUUGUGCAUAAGCAUUUAAAUUCAUCUCACUCUAUGGUCAUGAUGGUUGAUAUGCUUAUGUUGAAUGAACGCCAAACAAAAAAUGAAAAUAACAACGAAAUCCUUUGGGUCUGUCCCAGAAUGAUUGGUGUUUAAAACACAAUUAGAAUAACAACAUAAGAAUGCAGGUCCCAUUUGCGCCCUUCUGAUUGGUCGAAAUUGAAAUUAUGUUUGAUUCUGGAAGUUGCGUUUAAUUAGAGCUCUCUGUGGAGCAGAUCCGUUGACCUAUUCAUUAAACAUAAUGGACAAAGGUUCAAGUCUUUGGGAGUAAAACUGUCAUUAACCAGUAAGCUGUCGAGGGUUUACAUAGUGAUUUUUGCAGCAUUGUAAAGUUAUAACAUAAUAGGGAAACGCUCAUUAGCCAUGCAUCAUGUGCAUAGGCCUCCUCAGAUUAUCCCCUUUAACUUAUUGCCCGUAUUUUCAAUAAUAGUGCUUUCUUUGGUCAUUUUUGAAGGUAUCCAAAGUUAUUAAAUUCAUUUGAUUGAUCAAUCU